AUGAAAAAUAUCACUAACUGUAUAAGAGUAGAUUACCUGGAGACAGAGGCAUUGGUCAUUACCUCUUGGGACAGUGGUGUUCACAUGGUAACUGAUCUUGUUAUUUGUUAGGUUCACAUUGACUUAAGUCACAUCAGGAACUGUUCUACGCAGGGAGGCGUGUUUCUGUUGGAAGAAUUUGGUAAGUACUUGGUGACACUGUUUCACUGUUUUAACACCGAGUAAUAUCUUAAGAAAGCAACCUCUGAUCGGAUUGGUCUUCUCUACCAGCUAUGUAAAUAAUAUUGAUUAAUGUGACAUUAUGCUGAAACAUUUAUUCUUGCAGUGCCAGCCACGCAAGAAACAAUUCAGCACAGAUUUGGCUCACAGAUGGUACGUACGUUUUUUGAAAUGCUACUCGUGCUUCUUAGUUGA